AUGCAAUCCGGUAGCAGCGGUCUCGGCGAUGGACGUUCCACCGUCCUGUCCGCGCCCUCAACGGCUCCAGCCUCUGGCGGUGCCACUUUCAAGACCACCCCUUCUGCCAAUCCCACGGCUACUACGAGUCCCCCUUCGUCUUCCGUUACUAUGCCUGUGCCACCAAAGCCUUCAGAUUUCAAAUUUGGUCGUGAGCUAGGCAGUGGUUCCUUCUCGACCGUCUAUGUGGCCAAAGAGAUCAGUACUCAGAAGGAAUACGCUAUUAAGGUGGUCAUAAAGGAACAUGUCUGUCGCAACAAGGCCAUACUCUCUGUCCUUAUGGAAAAGGAAGUACUGAAACGGACCAACCACCCCCUUCUUAUUCGUCUCCACUAUACCUUUCAGGAUCAGCAUCGUCUUUACUAUGUGCUACAGUAUGCUCAACGUGGUCACCUCCUCGCCUACCUCAACAAACUCACGUCUUUCAACCGAGAAGGCACUCAGUUCUACUCGGCUGAGCUUCUUUUAGCUCUGGAAUACCUCCAUUCCCAGUCAAUUGUUCAUCGUGAUGUCAAACCGGAAAAUGUCCUUCUCUCCCUUGACAUGCACAUUAAACUGGCAGAUUUUGGAUCAGCCAUAAUCCUGAACGAUCCCUCUGUAAAGGCGCCCACUUUCACGGGCACACCCCAGUACGUUAGUCCGGAAAUGCUCCAAAUUGAUUCCCCAUCCUCCGUAUCCUCCCCCUCAUCCUCCUCUGACGAUGAGUCGGAAAAAAAAACCCCCGGCCGACUAAAAGACUCGGAAAACCGAGCUCCCACCAGGUCAAAAAAUUCCCCCGACAAGGACGAAAAGUCGACUGACCUUGUGUACUUGAUGGACUACUGGGCUUUUGGCUGUGUAAUAUAUCAAAUGCUGUCAGGUCGCCCGCCCUUUCGGCCCGACAAGCAUGGUCAUGAAUUCGACGUUUUCCGGAAAGUUCUUGCUUUGGACUACGCGUUUCCCGAGCGCUUUGACAGUGAAGCGAAAGAUAUUGUUCAGCGGUUGCUGGUGGCUUCUCCGUCUGAUCGGCUCGGUAGCCCCAGCUCUGGCGGACCGAAUGCCGUUCGGUCUCACCCCUUUUUUGCCGGUGUUGAUUGGGACAGCUUAAUUCAGAAGCAGCCGCCUACUCUUCUACCCAACUUAGAGCCUCUGGAAUACGACGACUGGGAUAAGGUCCCUGCAGGCUAUACGGAGGGCCAGAAGUACCUCUUCUCACAAGAACUCAAACUGGCGGCAAGCCAAGUCACUGAGAUUGACAGGGCCGAGCUAUUGAAAAAGCAGGCCAAUGAGAACGUUUUCCAUCGCUUCGUACGUGGACGUUUAAUAGUAAAACAGGGAGUUCUCUAUAAGCGCCGGGGCCUAUUUGCACGCAAGCGUGUCUUCCUGCUGACCGAGGGUCCACAUCUCUUCUAUGUUGAUCCCGAGACGAUGGUCCGCAAGGGCGAGGUACCUUGGAGCAGUUUUCUGCGUGUGGAAGUGCGAAACUCAAAGAUAUUUUCAAUCAUCGUCCCCAAUCUCCUUCACACCACCUCUACUUACCCGGUCCUCACUGCCCUGAGCACCCGGGCUCCUAGCUUCCCGUGA